CACAUGUUGAAGCGCGAAAGGUUGCGAUCAUCAGUCGGAGUGAUCGUCAUGGGCAACGCACUAUUGCUCGCGGCUGUGAAGGACCGUCAGGCUGUGGCGCUGGCUGACGCCAUUCUACCCUUCGACAAUUUACGUCUUCAUGAAAUCGAGGCGUUUUGGCGCGCGUUCUACGACUCAGCGACGAGCUUCGCGCUGUCCAAAGCUCAGUUGCGCUCCAUUUGCUGCCGUGCAGUCGCCUCGGGCGUCUCCAGUUUGCACAGCUCAAGCGUGCGCGUUGCGGAGUAUGCAGACUCCGCAUUUGAUCUGUUCACAGAGUCAUUGAUGCAGAGAAGGUGGCAGCAAGUACAGCCGGGGGUUCGUGGACUGCAGAGUCAGCAGUACCAAAAUCCUAGCGACAGUUUGACAGCAAUUGACGCUCUAGAAUUCCUCUCGGCUAUUGCAUUCAUAGCUGCCAUUCCACUGGAUGAAAAAAUCGAUUUGCUCUUUGAUUCGUGGGAUAUGUCGGAGGACGGAGCGUUGGACUUGGAUGAGUUCACGAUAUCUUUGAAAUCUACGCUAUCUGGACUGGCGAAGAUCAUCCAACCAGCCUCGUGCAGCAGGACUACAACGUCGGACGCAACGGUAGAUGAAGAGGAGAUAGUUAUGCUUGCCGAGUCGACUUUCCGAGAUAUUUCUAACUGUGGGGCUUCAUCAUCAAAGGAGACAAGGUCAGAGGAAUCGCCUACAAUUACCUGUGAACAGUUUCGGGAAUUCUGCAUGAAGAACAAGCGAGCGAAAGAGCUGUUCGAUUUGUUUGAUGUGGCUGAUGAGAUGCGUGGAAUCAAUCAUGAGGAGGAAGGAAUGCCACUUGAAUUGGUGGCCAAACUUGAAAAACACUCUGAUCCAACAGAAUCUUCAGCAACCGUAGAUACACCGAUGGACGCUAUGCAGGAUGACGUUGGCGACAUGUUUUUAGCCGUGAAGCCGUGGAUUGGAGCAAUUGUGGCCCCAACCAAGAUCCCACCGCUCUCUAAAGGAGCUCCGUUAGUCUCGGUCGAGCUGGACUGGAUAUUCGGCUACAGCGCUCAAGAUUGCAAGAACAAUGUACGCUUCGCAGCAACUACAGCCAACGCUAAAAGUGGACGCUUUGAAGAGAUCGUUUAUCCAGCCGCAGCAGUAUCCGUUGUUCUAAACACAAAGACCAUGAAGCAGCGCCAUCAUCUUUCCCACACAGAUGAUAUAUUAAGCUUGUGCCUGCAUCCACGUCUCCCUUUAGCGGCAAGUGGUGAAAUCGGCAAGCAGCCAAAGAUAAUUGUGUGGAAUUUGGAAACAAUGGACGACCAGUGCGUCAUACAGGGAUUUCACAAGCGUGGUAUAUUGCAACUAGCUUUCCUAAGCCCUGACAUGUUGGUAUCUAUUGGUGGAGACGACGAUCACAGUAUUGCGAUUUACGAGUCAAGCAACAAUUGGAAAUCUGCCGUACUGAGGAUAUCGGUGAAAGGGAACAAAGCGGCCCCGUUUCACAUUACAACGAAUCCUCGCGUGCCUAGUGAGUUUGUUACGUGUGGUCAAAAGUACAUCGAGUUUUGGUCCCUUGGAGGAAAGGAGCUCGUGUCGAAAAAAGGUUUGCUGGGAAAGAAGGGAUCUCUUCAGCCUUUUCCUGUGGCCCAGUACCUGGAAACAGCAGACCAAGCGGUGGUUGUUGGAACAAGUGAUGGUUGCUUGUAUCUCUUUGUGGGGAGGCAGCUGACGAAUGUCAUUAAAGCGCAUGAAGGAGCAAUUACUGUCUUAUUUUACUCAUCUGGAGUGCUGCUAUCUGGUGGACGGGAUGGUCAAAUUAUUCAGUGGGACGAUAAGCUGAAACAAGUAGGAUCUCCAAUCCAGAUUCGGGACUCUCUUGAAUCAUCUUUGCUACCUCAGCGCAAGGGCAUACGAAGCUGUUGUUAUUCUCCUGACAGGCGAACCAUCCUUGUCGGUACUCUAGCAUCGGAGAUCUAUGAGCUGGACGCUAAGACAGGACAAAACGUGCACUCGGAGCCACUUACUAAGGGACACUUUCAAGGAGAACUUUGGGGGUUGGAUACUCAUCCUACAAAGCAGCAAUGCUGUACGGUUGGAGACGAUCAAACACUUCGUGUUUGGGACUUGGCAGAAAAGUACGAGUUGGGAUUCCUAGAGUUACCGAUCCCAGGACGUGCUUGCACUUACUCUGGGGAUGGCAAAUUGAUCGCUGUCGGUCUUGGCACUGAAGACUCUGGUAAAACAGGGAAACCCGCUGUCAAUGCUAAGAAACAACAGCCUAACGGAGGCUUUGUGGUAUACAGUGGUGUUGAUUUGACGUGUGUUAAGGAGCCCUGCUUUGACGCGAAACGUUGGGUGAGCGAUGUCAAAUUCUCGCCCGACAAUCGAACACUGGCGGUAGCAAGCCAUGACUCCAAGAUCUACUUGUACAACGUGCUGAAGGGUUUCUCUCGGACACACGUAUUCAACAAGCACUCGAGCUAUAUCACGCACAUGGACUUCUCACUGGAUGGAAAUUAUUUACAAAGUACUUCUGGUGGAUACGAGUUGUUGUUCACUGAAGUGAAAACUGGGAAGCACGUCACGAAUGCUUCAACGUUUCGAGAUGAGGUCUGGCACACGAUAACGAGCACGUUGGGGUGGUCGGUGCAAGGCAUCUGGGAAGCGGAAAGUGAUGGCACAGAUGUAAACGCUGUCGAUCGCUCAAACAAUGGGAAGCUCCUGGCAACUGGAGAUGAUUUUGGGAAAGUUAAGGUUUUUCAGUAUCCUUGUGCCCUGGAAAAAGCCUCGUUCCUUGAACUCCGCGGCCAUGCUUCUCAUGUCACCAAUGUGAGAUGGUCGCCUGAUGAUAACUACAUCGUUUCAGUUGGUGGAAACGACAGGUGUGUAUUUGUCUGGAAGCAUGACAAGCAACCAGUUCAAAAGGAUUAUUUCCAGCGUCGCCUGAGUGAGACUGACAGUGAUAGCGAAGAAAUCGAACAUCUUGAUAAAAGAGCUGAUGAUCCUUUGGAGGUGGCGGCUACGAAUGACGAUGUUGGCGAUGAAUUCAUGGCUGUACGACCGUGGCUAGGGGCAGUAGUGGCUCCUUCGAAAGCCGCAUCAAUGAAAGUGGACAGCACGUCUCCAAAUACGAGGCUUGAACUGGAGCGAGUGCAUGGUUACCAAGCUCAAACAGCCUCAAAUAAUGCUCGAUAUGACUCAAAUGGCAAGGUGGUGUACCAUACUGCUGCUCUUGGCAUCGUAUUUGACAAAUCUGCUCAGCGUCAAUCUUUUUUCAGAAGUCACGACGACGAUGUCGUUGCCUUAUGUGCCCACCCGAAUGGUACAACAUUCGCGACGUCGCAAAUGGGUAAAAAGCCCAAGAUUUACGUUUGGGAUUCUGCAAGUGGAGAAGCUGUUGCACCAUGUCUCGAAGGAUUCCAUCAACGCUUUGUGAAUGCCAUUUGUUUUUCAAGUGAUGGCACUAAGCUUGGGAGUGUUGGGGGCGACGAUGACCAUUCCAUCGCAAUUUACAAUUGGCAGAGUGGAGUGUUGUCAUCGCAAUCUCGCGGAGAGCGUAACAACGUUCGUGGUAUCUGCUACCACGCUGCUAGUAAGGAAUGGGUGACAUGCGGUGACAAGCAUAUUCGUUUUUGGACGGAACAAGGGAAGAAUCUCACUUCAAAGAAAGCAAUUUUCGGGACGAAGGCACACCAGAGUGGCAAAGUGCCGUCAGUAUUUGACUGUGUCGUAUCUUUCGGGCAAAUGGUUGUCGCAGGUGGAUCGACUGGCCAUCUAGUAGUAUUCCAAAACUCUGUGGAUGUCACGAAAACUGUCCAAGCCCAUGACACUGCCGUGCUAGCGCUCUAUGCAACGGAAAGGGAAUUGAUAAGUGGCGGUAAGGACUCCAAAAUUGCUGUCUGGGACGCGCAGUUCAGCAAAAUGGCAGCUUUCGAUAUGAAGGAGUACACACUCCAAGGAGCCAAACUCUUGAAUUCGGAGAUUCGAAGCAUUUGUUCCAGUAAAAUUUCGCCCAGACUAUUCUUAGUUGGUACGGGUGGUAGCGAUCUGAUCGAAUUCGAUGCUGGUCGCGCUCAGCCGACACUAUCAACGAUCAGUCGUGGACAUUAUAGAGUCGAGGUCUGGGGACUUGCUUGUCACCCAACGAAAGCAGAAUACUGCACAGUUGGUGAUGACCAAACUAUCCGAGUAUGGUGCCUGGUAAAGAAAAUUCAGCUGAGAAUUCAGAGGCUUGAAUGCGUAGCCAGAGCAUGUGCACUAUCGGAUGCAGCUGACGUUGUCGCGAUAGGAUUCGGUGGACGUAACGCGAUAACCGGAUUAUCAAAGACAGCUCAAGCCAAAACAGGCGGUAUUAUGCUGCUUUGCUAUAGUGACUUGACGAAGAAAGUGUUCGAAGAUCGACCGUCCAAGCAAGCGAUUAGUGAAAUGAAGUUCUCGCCGAAUGGCUCCGUUCUUGCAGUCGGAUCGCACGACCACAAGGUUUAUCUGUAUCGCCUUGACCGAAAUGCGACCAAGGUCGUGAAAGCAGCUGUAUUUGAUAAGCACCAGAGCUAUAUUACCCACUUGGACUUCUCAGCAGACAGCCAAGUCUUACAGAGUAACUGUGGUGCCUACGAGCUUCUCUUUAGUAACGCCAGUACCGGCAAACAUAUCACGUCUGCGAGCAGCACGAAAGAUACCCAAUGGCACUCCUGGACAUGUGUGCUUGGGUGGCCUGUGCAAGGCAUUUGGCCACCGUGUUCCGAUGGCACCGAUGUAAACGCCGUCGCACGCAAUUCUCGCGAAAACCUUUUGGUCACCUCGGAUGAUUUUGGCCUCGUGAAGCUGUAUUGCUAUCCCUGUGUGGCAAAAAAUGCGAGCUCGGUAGACCAUCGAGGACAUUCGUCCCAUGUGACCAAUGUCCGGUGGUCUUGUGACGAUAGCUACGUAGUCAGUGUUGGUGGAAAUGAUCGGUCGAUAAUGGAGUGGCGAGUCUUGAACGAGGGUGAGCAGAUUUCUGCAGUACCUGGAUCUGACAAACGAUUGAGUUUAAUUGAACCGGAAGAGACAACAGAUUCGUCGGCUGAAUCAGAGGAUGAACCGUUCGACGACGCUGCGGGAGACGAGUUCAUGGCGGUGAAGCCUUGGAUAGGAGCAAUCGUUGCCCCUACGAACGCUGCUACGCCCAACUCUCGUGAACCCGACUUGAAUGUUGAAUUGGAAUGGGUAUUCGGCUAUCAAUCGGAGCUUUCACAACAGAAUUUGGUGUACAACGCACAAGAUGAGAUCGUUUAUCACACAGCAGCCGUGGGGAUCAUCUAUGAUUCCACGAAUCACUUUCAAAGACACCAUGUUGGGCACAACGACGACAUUAUCAGCCUUGCAAUAUGUGAUGACAAGCGCAACCUAAUCGCAACAGGAGAGCGCGGGAAGAAACCAGCGUUGAGAGUCUGGGACGCUCAUACCGGCGAGCUACGCUGCGAAAUGAAGGAGUUUCAUUCGCGCGGAAUAUUGUCGCUUGCCUUCAGUAGUGAUUCCACAAGGUUGGUUAGUGUGGGAGAUGACGAUGAUCACUCGUUGGCAGUUUGGAGCGAUGCCAGCAAUGGGUCGUGGACUUUGGCAAAGCUUCUGGCUACAGGAAAAGGCGAUAAAGCAGUGAAUCGCUUUGCAUCUUUUGGAGCAAAUGCUGAUACCAUUAUCACCGGUGGCGUCAAGCACGUGUUGUUUUGGUCGGUGCAAGGGAAAACCCUCGUCUCGAAGAAAGGAAUUGUUGGCAAGAAAGGUACUUUACAAACGUUUCCGACGGGUUGUAACUUCGGUGGGGACUUUGUCACUGGAACAGCAGGCGGUGAGUUGUAUGUGUGGAGAGGAAAUGAUCUAUCAAGAGCGGUGAAAGCACACGACGGAGACGUUCGCGUUGUUGCAAGUAUGCGCUCAACUGAUAACUCGGCUGGAAGUUCCGCUGUAGUGCUAUCAGGCGGAAAAGAUGGUCGAGUUGUGAUGUGGAACGCUGCGUACCAGUCUCUCAAAUGUUUCGACCUGGGCGCAAUGCAAGUUGGGAGCUUCGGCAAAUUCAUUAACAGUGUGUAUCUAAACUCAACUGGCAGAAAACUACUUGUCGGUACUUGCUCCAGUGACAUCAUCGAGAUAGAUGUGGCAAGCGGAAGUGUUUUAAACGGUGGCCAACCUCUAUUCUCUGGUCACUUUGCGAUGGAGCUAUGGGGCCUGGCAGUUCAUCCUUCCCAGCGAGAGUUCGUCACCGUCGGUGACGACCGAACAUUGCGCGUGUGGGAUAUGGAGGCAAAGAGGUUAAUCCAGGCGCGUUUACUGCCAGCUAAGGCUCGUGCGUGUGCAUACUCACCCGAUUCCGAGUUGUUAGCGGUAGGCUUCGGGGGUGACAAUGGUGUUCGACAAAGAAGAAAGCCGGCAUCUAAGCAGGGGCAGGCACAAUCGAGAGAAGGAGGUUUUGCUGUUUUACGAGCACGUGAUUUGGAUACGGGCACGUUAGUGUUUGAAGACAAACCAGCGAAGGAAUGGAUCAGUGAUGUCAAGUUCUCCCCCAAUGGAGAUAUUCUAGCCCUGGGAUCUCAUGACAAUUCUAUCUACCUUUACUCGGUGGGUUCGGGAGCGUCGGAAUUCAAGAAGCGCAAACCUUUCAGCAAGCACAAUAGCUACAUCACACACUUUGAUUUUUCAGAUGACGGGAAGUACAUUCAGUCAAACUGUGGCGCAUACGAGUACCUGUUCUGCGAUACAGCGUCGAGUAGUCAAGUUAGUCGGGCUUCAUCUGUGCGGGAUGUGCAUUGGGCUACGUGGACAUGCACUUUAGGCUGGCCAGUGCAAGGAAUUUGGCCGGAUUGCGCGGACGGUACCGACAUCAACGCUGUUUGUGCAUCUUCGACACGUACAAUCCUCGCGUCCGGAGACGACUCCGGCAACGUCAAGUUCUUCCGCUACCCCUGCAUUCCAAAAGGCUCAAAAUUCAUUGCGCGUCGAGGUCACUCCUCCCAUGUUGCAAACGUACGCUUCAGCUUCGACGACAAGUAUCUGAUCUCAGUUGGAGGAAACGACAGAUCCAUUUUCCAGUGGAAGCUGGCGUAAACUCAGCACUUAUCACAUUAGGGACCUAACACAGAGUUCUAUUCACCUUGUGAAGCUGCUUUAACUCCA